GAAAAGAGGAACAAAGCUGAAGAAAAGUGACAGACAGAGCUGGACACUCCCAGGCUUCAUGUGAGUUGAACCGAUUUACAGUGUUUGGGUAAUGAAAAGAGCGGAUUUCUGGACGGCACCUCCCCUGUCCUGAGAUUUCUGCUGUGCUGUUACUCUCUGCUCGCCUCUGCUUCACUUUGUGAUCCACCAAGGGAAAAGGAACUGAAGAGGAAUAAAAUUUUCCCACCCCUCCCCCACAAUUCAGCUCCAGUGUACAGGGAUGGUGAUACGGGAAACAGUCAUCUUCAGAGACUAAAUUUGCUCAGUCUCACGUCUAGUUGCAUCAGGACUUUGCCAGGAAUGUCCUUUGAGAUCUGGAAAAGAAAUGCUUAAAGGAGCCUUCCACCUCAGUUUUGAACCGCAGCCACAACAGGCGACCAGAAACUGCCUCUGCUUGUGCCUGUGAAUUGAUUAACUACACCAAGCUGCUGAAUAACACUGUGCAGAGAUGCUGAAAUGUUUUGCGAGUUCUCCGGUAGGUGUGGCUGUUGGCGUUUCUCUCCUAGUACUCUUGCUGGUCUGCGGAAUUGGAUGUGCUUGGCACUGGAAUCGCCGGGAAAGCACACCAUUUACCUUACGGAAGUUUAUGCAAAGGAGAAGCAGCAGACAUAAAGACUUCUCGAAAACCGUCGGCUUGAGCGCCUACGUGACUAGCCCAAGCUCUAAAACCUCAGUGGAAAGCAAAGGCCACAAAUCCACUGCCAAGAGAAACAAGAUGCAAGGAAACUACGAAAAUGUGGAAGUGUGCCCUCCCGGCACCGAAGGGGCAACUGAGAAGGCACUGUAUGAAAACACGCAGCCAUCUAAUCUCGAGGAACAUGUCUACGGGAAUCAAACGGACCCCCUCUAUUAUAAUUUCCAGAAACCUAGCCCUGCUCCUCCUCCUCAAGAUGAAGACAUAUACAUCCUUCCAGAUUGCGACUAGCUUUUCAACAAACUGAGACUUGUUGCUGGAGGAAAACUGAUCACCAGGCCUCUGAGUGUACUGAUGACAUCAUGAUCAAAUUAUUCGGAUGAAAUCAGUGGUCUCUUUCCUAUCCCCACCCUUAUAAAUCCUCACUAAGAGAACCAUUAUAGACAAGUUCUAUGCCACGCCCUGCUCCAUGUGCCCUGCCUUCAGUUGAAUCUGUGCUGUAUUAUACUCUUUUUUCUUUUGAAAUAUUUCCUGUAACAGCUUUCCUUUGUUCCUUCCUAUACCAUCUCUUGAGGUUCAGCAUUAUUGCAGACUCCUAGUAGGUCGUCCUUCUGUGCUGAGGGGCUAACUCAAGACCUUUCACAAUGCCAGGUAAGUGCUCAAUUGUUGAGCCACAUUUCUAGCCUGGUCUUCUGAGUUACAUCCAAUCACUAGCCUAUGACACAGCAGGUUGAUCUUCAGAAAACAUUCUAGGUGGUCACAUCCCUAAUUUGUCAAAAAAAAGUAAUAAUUUUUAUGUUGCUUGAAAUAGAUAUAAAGCUCAAACCCUAACUCCAGAAUUCAUGACUAUUUCAGUCACACCUUCCUUUGUCAGUUAUUUCCCCUAACCCCUCACUUCUCUGCUUGCAUCUGUGUCAUCUCAGAGUGGCCAAGCCCCUCUCUCUGCUCCACUGUGUGACUUGUCUGCCUCUCAAGCCCACUUGGGGUCAUUUCUUCCAGCACCCUCAUGUCAAAUGUGCACUUCCUUUUUUAGACCUUGCUGCCUGUUUUCUUUGGGCAUUUAAAGAUAUAAAUGUUUGCUGUGCAUUUUAAUACUAAUGUAAUAUGAGGAUGUCUCAGGUUACAGUUAAACAGAAAUGAAGUGGUGCCUAGUAAUACUUUUAGAUCCAAAGCCACCAUAUGAGGAAAUCAAAGUUUGGUUAAUAGAAAAAGACAUGAAUCUUGCAGUUUGUCAAGGAAUUUUGAGAAAAACUAAUAAAUGUAUUAAUUCUAAAUCUA